AUGGGCCUGCGCAAACAACCCCCACCGCGUCUCCAAAACAUUAGCAAGCCAUAUGCUCGAGCAGAUGCACGUUCGCCCAAAUCAGCAUCGGCACAUUCUCCAUCGUCCUCUCACCAAUCUCACAUUAAGCGGCUCCCUUCGGAGGAUCCCAUUUACUCCCCCGACCUGAACACUUCGCCUGCAUUCGAUCUGAUGCCGCUGGAGCAGGCGCAAAGGUCGCCAGUCGGGUCGCCGACGCGCAGCCCACCACAUACCUGGUCAGACAGCGGAAGACCAGAAAAUAGCGGCGCGGCUCAGUACGGUCACAAUGACCACAACAAUGGAACAUACCAGGACCCCGCGACCAACUCUGGGAACUCGGUCCCACAUCCACUCAUUCCAGGCCAGUACACUGGCGCAUCAGAGAAUGUGUGGCAGUCUAAUCACAAUACCGGCGACGCAUCGAUGGGAGAGUUACCAGUGCAGCUUCAAUCAAACAAUCCGUUCCUGAAACCGAGGUCAGCAGAGCAUACUCAAGACCUGCUAGAACGAAAUGAUUGGGGAAGGACAUCCCAAGCAACUACCAACAGUGAAGCAUUGAGCCAUAGUAAGUCUACUGUUCUGCAACUGGGAAUUCUUCUUUUUUAUGUGACGGAGACUGACAACUUCACAGCGGAUGGUUAUAUCCCGAUGACAGCCCGUCUAUCUCUAUUAGACCAGACAGACCAAGACACCCCGUGGGAUGAGCCCUCUCGGCCCCACUUUGAUCAACACGCUGUACUAGGUGGUCAUCAUCUGGAAGAUAAUUCACCAUGGGAAUCUCAAAAAUCGCCCAACGUCUCCAACUCCCGGGGCCCGUUCCUGCAGGAAGCACAGUCCAAUCCAUAUGAUCCACCGGUUGUUGUGGAACCAGUCAGUUCACCCAACGGGUCUGGAUAUCCCCACACCCAAGACAACCAGCCUUACCAGGCACACAGCCUGGAAUCAGAUACUGGGUUUAGAACACCCUCAGCUGUACCUUCUAAUGCCACAUCUGCCACAUCCCAUUAUCUAAUUGACUUGGAUGUUCCCGGCAUGAACCCCAAUCAUGAUGGCGGGUCCCGUGCUGGAUCCUCGCUUUACUCAGAACAGGCCUCCAAAGAACCGAAUUUGUUGUCCGAUGCCCGAUCACAAAAUCCUGCAUCCCCCACAGAGCAACCAUGGACAGCUUCGCAGAAACAUGAGUCUCAGCCAGCCCGCGUUCUAUCUCCCGAGGAAGCCGCGCGGCAAAAGGAACAAAGAUCAGAAACAUAUACGAUUCGACAUGUUCGAUGGACCAAUCAGGCGGGCGAAUUGCUGGAGUCACCUAUCUUGGUUCAGAACCAAAACGGGCCAUGUCCCUUGUUGGCCCUCAUCAAUGCACUUGUCUUACGAGCGAGCCCGACGGCCCACCCACCGAUCGUUAGAGCUCUAAAGACUCGCGAGCAAAUAUCACUAGGGUUGCUUAUUGAAGCAAUGUUUGAGGAGCUGACAACAUGUUUGGGCCCAGAUGAGGAAUUUCCGGAUAUCGAGGCUCUGGCUCAGUUUUUGACCAUGCUGCAUACCGGGAUGAAUGUAAACCCACGUUUGACUUUGGAAUCUACUGAUGGUCUAGGAACUUUCCUAGAAACCAGUGAUUUGCGAUUAUACAGCACAUUUAGAAUCCCCCUGAUCCAUGCCUGGCUAGCUUCUUGGUCUAGCCCUACCCACGCGGCCAUGUCGCGAACCGGUCAGUACUACGAUGAUAUUCAAAUGCUACCGUUCCGCCGACAAGAAUUGGAAGAUCGCGCCACUCGAGGCGACUCUCUUAGUUUCGAAGAGGAAAGCACCAUGGCAGACAUUCAAUCGAUCCAGCAAUUUGUGGAAAUUGAAAACGCGACACAACUGAGUCCAUUCGGCCUGACGCAGCUUUCAACGAGGCUUCUGCCAGGUUCCGUUUCGAUUCUGUUCCGCAAUGACCAUUUCUCAACUCUAUACAAACAUCCACAAUCGCAUCAACUCUACACCUUGGUGACCGAUGCGGGCUAUGCUGGCCACGCCGAAGUUGUCUGGGAAUCUCUGGUGGAUGUGACAGGAUUCAACACCGAAUAUUACUCGGGCGACUUUCGCCCGGUUGGCGCUGGCUCGUCUGCCGGGCCUGCCGAGCCUGCUCCAUCUAACCCAGCAGGCCCACGAACAUCCAGCGUCCCAACAAGCCCUUCCCCAAACCCGACUACAAGCGACACCGCACAGUCCACUGAGCCUACUCAGGAGCAAAGUGACGCGGACUACGCGUAUGCACUUUCACUUCAGUUCGAAGAAGAGCAGCGCGAAAAUGAACGGACUCAAGAUGGCAAUACGAGUCGAAACUCUGCGCAAAGCAACCCUCCGAGGGGCCCAUCGCCUUCAGCGCGCAUGAGCAACGUCCCUACCCGAUCUUCGAGUACCGCUACUGGCCUUCGUAGGCCUCGUCCUCCGCCAAAUAAUGGCCCCGAUCCUGAUGAUCCAAAUGCUCCUCCCCCACCUUACGAACAAGCUGCAGGGGGACCCCGAUACUCGCCUCCUGAUAGGAGGCCUUACAGCGGCGCUCAGGGUAAUCAAUACCCGGGCAGAAACUCCCGCAAUAACUCGCAGUACGCUCAUCGACCUCGCCCUUCUGUUGCUUCUAGCACCGAUCGGAUGGGCAGAGACCGAAACAAAGAUUGCGUAGUGAUGUGA